AUGGCGCGCAUGCGCAGUUCACCCCUGGGUUUUCUCCACAAUAAGCCGGGGUUAUCGUCUGCAAUUUGCUGUAAAACCUCCACUUUUCAACAGUGUGUUAAUGUCAACAGCACAAGGGGAGUCAGCUCAGAUUUUAGAGGAAGAAAUAACCUCUUUAUUGAACAAAAGAGCAAUUCGAGUUGUGCCGCCAGAGGACAGCCACCACGGCUUUUACUCACGGUACUUCGUCAUUCCCAAAAAAGGAGGGGGUCUCCGUCCCAUUCUGGAUUUACGGAACCUCAACAAACACCUCAGGAAAUACAAUUUCAAAAUGUUGACCUUAAAGGUGUUGUCAAAAAUUAUUCGUCCCAAAGACUGGCUGACAUCAGUCGAUUUGAAGGACGCAUAUUUUCACAUAAGCAUCUAUCCAGCACACAGAAAAUUCCUCAGGUUUGCCUAUCGGGACACAGCGUACGAAUUUUUGACAGUACCGUUUGGUCUGUCUCUCGCACCGAGAAUUUUUACAAAAUGUGUGGAAGCGGCGCUCACACCGCUGAGGAUGAUGGGUCUGAGAGUGUCAGCAUAUUUGGACGAUCUGCUGCUCUGCGCGCCGUCGCGGCAUCAGGCAGAGAGAGAGACAAAAAUGCUCGUGUCUCACCUGGAGAGCCUAGGCUUCAGGAUAAACGAGACGAAAAGCAGCUUAGUGCCCACACAAGAGAUAAUUUACCUGGGUCUCAGACUGAACUCAGACCUGUAUCAAGCUUUUCUGUCGGAGGAGCGCAUCAAGUCAAUUCGCGGCUGUUUGUCCCUUUUUCAGAAAGGAAACAAAGUUCAAUUCAGACUGUGUUUACGUCUUCUGGGUCUGAUGGCCUCGACAGUUUCAAUCAUUCCUCUGGGACUGUUGCGAAUGAGGGAUUUCCAGCGCUGGACAGCGGCACAGCGUUUGUGUCCAAAACGCCACCUAAACCGCAAAGUGAUAGUAACAUCACUUUGCAUGCGCGCUCUCCAUCACUGGAGAGAUCGGGCUUUUCUCGAGUCAGGGACUCCGCUGGGAGCAGUUUCUAUGAGAAAGGUGGUCACAACGGAUGCGUCGCUCACAGGUUGGGGUGCUGUGUGCGAGGGCAGAAUAGCGAAAGGGAAAUGGCCUGUCUCGCUACAGAACGCACACAUAAACUUCCUGGAACUGUUAACGGUGUUUCUAGCAUUGAAACAUUUUGUGCAGUUUCUAAAGAACCACCACGUUUUGAUCAGAUCAGACAACACAACGGCAGUGGCAUACAUAAAUCGCCAGGGUGGCACACGCUCCCCUCAGCUUCACAGUCUGGCACAGAAACUGAUCGUGUGGGGCGUGAAGCAUUUUCAUUCACUACGGGCAACGCAUGUUCCGGGAAUAAUGAAUGUGGGAGCGGAUCUCCUGUCCAGAGGAAAUCCGCUGUAUGGAGAAUGGACUCUCCACCCUCAGGUAGUGAGCCAGUUGUGGGAGAGGUUCGGCCGAGCUGCCGUAGAUCUCUUCGCCUCGCACGAAAACACUCAUUGCCCUCUAUUCUUCUCUCUGGCGAGAGACGGUGCACAUAUGGGUGUGGAUGCUCUGGCACACCCAUGGCCAAACGCACUACUUUACGCGUUUCCUCCACUGAGUCUGAUCAUACCAACAUUACAAAGAGUAAGGGAAUGCGGUCACUCAGUUAUACUAAUUGCCCCAAAUUGGCCAGGGAAGUUGUGGCUGACGGAGAUAAUUCAGCUUCUAUGCGGCCAGCCCUGGCCGCUCCCGUUGCGCAGGGACCUCCUCUCUCAAGCGCGCGGAGAGAUUUUUCACCCAGACCCGAACAAAGUGGCACUUUGGGCCUGGCCCGUGAGAGGUUAAACUUGAGUGUUACGGGUUUGCCUGUGAGGGUGAUUGAGACUAUUCAGAAUGCACGAGCAGCUUCAACGCGCUCGGUAUAUGAUCGGAAGUGGAGAGUGUUUGAGCAAUGGUGCGCUAGCAGACACAUCGUCCCUUUUCUCUGUUCUGUCGCGGAUAUGUUAUGUUUUCUGCAGGAACUUUUGGAUAAGGACAGAGCCUUUUCAACCGUUAAGGUUUAUCUCGCCGCAAUUUCUGCGUGUCAUGUGGGGAUUGACAAAAAUACUAUAGGUCAACACCCGCUUGUUUGCAGGUUUAUGAGAGGCGCGCGGCGUUUGCACAGGGUUUCAAAGCCACUGAUUCCGCCGUGGGAUCUGUCUGUGGUCCUUAAUGCACUAUCUCAGCCCCCUUUUGAGCCUAUAGACAGUAUUGAAUUAAAGCUCCUUUCGCUAAAGGCUGCUUUAUUACUGGCUCUUUCGACCGCGAAACGGGUUAGUGAACUUCACGCUUUAUCGGUUCAUAACUCCUGUAUGCAGUUCGCUACGGAUUACUCGAGAGUAACUCUGAAAACUAAUCCAGCGUUUGUACCUAAGGUGAGCGAGUCAGCUCUCGCUUGUAAACAGGUGGAUUUACUGGCUUUCCAUCCGCAGCCUUUUUCCUCGCCAGAGGAUGAGCGGCUUCAUUGCCUGUGCCCUGUCCGUGCGUUGCGUCACUAUGUGGACAGAACGAAAGCACUAAGGAACAGUAAUCAGUUAUUUGUUUCUUGGGCUGAUUCUCAUAAGGGUAAACCUAUUUCACGUCAGCGCCUGUCCCACUGGGUAGUGGAAGCUAUUAUAGUAAGUUAUAAUAGCAUGGGUCUCUGUCCUCCGGAGGGGCUGAAGGCUCAUUCUACCAGAGGUAUGGCCACCUCAUGGGCAUUGUUUAAGGGCGUUUCAGUUCAGGACAUUUGUGCAGCAGCAAGUUGGGCAUCGACUCACACAUUUGUCCGAUUUUAUAGACUGGAUGUCACUGAGCCAUCGCUGGCCCAUUCCGUCCUAAGUGUAUAAAAAAAAAAAAAAAAAAAAAAAAAAAAAAAAAACCUUUCUUUAGAGGUGUUUUUUAACUUUUUGUUCACAUAUAUCCCUGUUCUAUUGGUGAAUAGUUACGGGUAUUGUGUUAUGUCAUAGCUUACAUCACAGAGUUGGUUGACAUGCCUGCUUCAGACAGCAUAUCUGCAAUACGGGAGUGGUCUAUAUCCCUUUGUGAGAUACUGAGCGAAUGUUUGAAAGAGAACUUUAGGUUACUUACGUAACCCCGGUUCUCUGAUAACAUGAGUGAAGUAUCUCACCGCACGUCCCUCCUUGCAGUGCACGGAGAAGAGAUAUGCUAAGAAUGAAGUAGGGACCAACGGCAGCGGUAUAUAUUAGGGAGCAGGGACUCCCACAUCA